CGGCUGCAGAGUUUAAACCAGAGCCUUAGCCGCUGGCGCCGAGCUCCUCAGGCUGGGUGGUCGUCGCCCCGAUGGUGGAAGGGCGUGAUGGAGAACCCACCAAUGGAAGCUAGCUCCCUUUUUGCUUCAGGAAUUAAGAGACAUGUGAAAGACAGAAUUUCAAAGACUGGGAAGUUGAAUGUUUCUCUUGCUUCAAAAAUCAAAACAAAAAUACUAAUGUGGCUAAUGUUUCAUCAGAGUCCCUUUCUACUGCCAAGUAGCAAGAAGAAACGGGCUAGUAAACAGUGCAAGUUGAUACGACCUCCAUUUGCAAGGGUUCCAUUAACUUCAGAUGAUGAUGAUGAUGAUGAUGAUGAUAAGGAGAAAAUGCAAUAUGAUGACAACAUUACAGCAAAGACAUCACCCGAUAUUCCCUUUUCAGUAUCAACAAGACAAUCUUUAUCAAACCAGAGUCCCAAGAAUUCUCUAAUGAGUGAGAUAAAAAAUGCCCAGUCAAUCAGCCACAGAAAGGAGAAGCCAUCUCCUAAUAAAGUAACUGAAAGGAAAAAACAUGUAUCAUCUUGGGAAUCAAAUAAUCCUACCGACAGUCUUCACGUGAUGGAUGUAGAUCAACAACAGAUUUCAAGUCCAGAAUUUAAUUGGAAUAAAAUAAGUGAUCAUACUAAUGAAACAAAUAUUAAAAUGCAAAGAAACCUACCGUGCCUUCCUGCCGCACCUGAGUCUACAAGUGAACCAAUUGCGGAGUACAUGAAUCCAUUACAGGGUAUUGAUGACUUUCAGUUGCAGAAAACUGUAUAUGAUGCUGAUAUGGAUUUAACUGCUGGUGAAGUAAGCAAAAUUGUUACAGUCUCAACAGGCACUAAAAAUAAAAGUAAUAAAAAAUCAAAUGAUUGUAAAAUAAAAACUUUCAGAAAAGUGAAAGAUUCAAGCUCUGAAAAAAAGAGAGAAAGAUCUAAGAGAUUAUUUAAAAAUAGUUCAGAUAUCGAUAUUGAGGAAAAGAUUGAAAACGGGCCAGAAAAAAUAUCAGUUGUCUUGGAUAGCAAAGGGGAUUCAGAAGAUCCAAAUUUUAUUUUUGGUACAGAGCAGCUGACUCAGUCGAACAUACUGAAGAAAGUAACCCCUCAUAAUGGCUUUGGUCAAGAUGACAGAGAAAGUACACAGUGUAAUAAAAAGAAGAAGAAAAUACAUGUAACAAAUGAGCAAGAGGAAACCAACUCGUUCUCCCAAAGUUCAGAUAAAUUCCAUCAAGAGAGUAAAUUUGGUACGGGUCAGAGUUCUCUAGCUUAUCAUAAAAAUAAAACUUCUAGAGAGACAUUUGUGAUUCAUAAGUUAGAAAAAGGUAACUUAUUCCCAAGCCAAAAGAAUAAAGAAACCCCUUCCGAAAACCUAGAAGUCACAAGUGAAUUUCAAACACCCAGUCUUUCCAUCAAAGAUAAUGGAAGUUUAUGUGAUUAUAAUAUCCAGAAUAUGUCAUAUUUGAAAAAGCAUGUCACUGAUAUGCAACUUACUCAGCAAAAUCAAUCAAUAAUAAAUGAGAAGCUUAGGCAAAAAGUAAGUCGGAGGACAGAAAUAAUUUCUGAAUCAAACCAAGCAUUUGAGGAUACUGCUGAAGAUGUGCAUGGCCCAGAAAAAGAUAACUUUUCCUUCCAAAUUCAAGAGAAUAAAGAAACCAUCUCUGGAAACCUAGAAGUUUCAGAUGAGUUUCAAAAACCUGCUCUUUCCAUCAUUGGUAAUGGAAUCCUGUGUGAUUGUGAGAUCCAGAAUUUGUUUGAUUUGCAAAAGCAGAUCACUAAUUUGUACCCUGUUCAGCAAAAUGAAUCAAAAGUUAAUAAGAAUCUUAGGCAGAAAGUAAAUCGGAAGACAGAAAUAAUUUCUGAAAUGAAUCACUUAGAUAAUGGCAAAAAUGUGUAUUGUCCAGAAAAGGGUAAUUCUUCUUUCCUAACCCAGAAAGAUAAAGAAAUCGUCCCUGAAAAUCUGAAAGACUCAAGUGAGUUCCAAACACCUGCCCUUUCUACCAAAGACAGUAGAAACAUAUAUGAUUAUGAGACUCAAAAUGUUCUGGGAGUGAAAAAGCAUAUCCAGGAUAUGCAACCCACUUGUCAAAAUGAAUCAAAAAUAGAUCAGAAGCUUAGGCAAAAGGUGUGUCGGAAGACAGAAAUAAUUUCUGAAAUCAACCAAGAACAUGAGAAUAAUGACAAAGACAUACAUGACCCAGAAAAAGAUAACUUACUUUAUCUAACCCAAAAGGAAAAAGAAAUCAUCCCUGAAAACCUAGAAGACUUAAAUGAAUUUCAGAUAGCUGAUCCUUCCACCAGAGGUAAUAGGGACCUAUGUCAUUAUGAGACUCAAAACAUUUCGGGGGUGAAAACACAUGUUACUGAUAUGCCACUUGUAAAGCAAAAUGAAUCAAAAAUGAGUAAGAGGCUUAGGCAGAAAGUAAAUCGGAAGACAGAAAUAAUUUUAGAAAUGAACCGAGUAAAUGAAUUUAAAAAAAAAGGUAUGCAUGACCCAGAAGAAGGUAGCUUCCUUUCCCUAUCCCAAACAGAUAAAGAAACUAUUUCUGAAAACCUAGAAGUCACAAGUGAAUUACAAUCAGCUUAUCUUUCCCCACGAAAUAAUUUAUAUGAUUGUGAGACACAGAAUGUGUUGGAUUUGAAAAAGCGUGUCACUGAUAUGCGACCUACUCAACAGAAUGAAUCAAAAAUAAAUAAGAAACAUAGGCAGAAAGUAAAUCGAAAGACAGAAAUAAUUUCUGAAAGGUACCCUAUAUAUGAGGAUAAUGAUAAAGACAUGCAUGAUCAAGAAAGCUGUACAAAAGAUCUUGAUUUUCAAGUAAAUAAAUCUAAACAAAGACUUGAAUGCCAAGGUAUUAUCAGUGGGUACUCUAUGGAAAUUGAUAGCAGUGAAAAGGAGAAUUGUGAUCAAAUUUCAAAUCUUUACAAACUAGUUAAAAAACAUGGGAAAGAAUCAUCAAGAAAGACAAAUAUUUUGGCCACGGGUAAAAACAAAUCUAUUUUGCAGUUAUCAGAUUCUUUACAGACAUCAGUUUCCUUAGAAUCAGGUUUAAAAUAUAUUACUAAUGAAGCAGAUUCUGAUCUUGGUAAGCACACAAAACCGCAGGAGAAUCCAAAAGAAAGCACUACAACUCUGAAUGAAAAAAAGAAAAAUAACCCUUUUGCAGAAGAAGGAGAGUGCCAGGUCAGAAAAGUAAACAAAACAACAUCUAAAUCAAAGAAAAGGAAGAUCUUCAUCUGUCCUUCUUCAGAUAGCCAUGAAGUAAUGCAAGUAAUAUCUGACACUGGCCAGGGAAUAUCAGUUGAAUCUGAACAGGCUAAUGAGGAAAAAAAUUUGGAAAAUGAGAAAGUUGUCAAAAUGAAGCCAGACUUUUACACAAAGGCAUUUGAAUCUUUAUCUCAGGUAUAUUCACCUAACAUACGAGAGUCUUCCUUUAACAGUGUUCAUGAGGAUUCAGUACCUCCAAGUAUUUCUUCUAGUGGAAAUCUGAUAGUAAAAGAAAGUGUUGCCCUAGAGAGUUCACCAAUCUUUCAGGUAACUGAUGAUGUACGCGAGAAGAUGAAAGGGAUGAAAUUCAAAGUCAACCAGAGAACACAAAAAUCAGGAAUAGGUGGUAGAACACUACAGGACUUAACAAAUACCAGUUUUAUUUCAAAUAACACUGCUAAAGCUGAAAAUAAGUCAGAAAAUCCAUCUUUAGAGCUACCAAGCCGAAGAAGAAGGUGUACUCCUCUCUAUUUAAAAGAACCAAAUCUCAAAAGGAAGAUGAGAAGAUGAGAUGCAUUUCUGGAUUCUGCUUUGUUGAGUUCUCAAACCAUAACAAGUCAAAACGAGGAUAUAGCAAGAAUCAAGAAGAUGAAAUGCAUGAUGAAAGGUUUUUUUUUACCCCACCUUUUCAUGAGUGUUAAUUUAUUCAUUCUUAUGUUUAUAUAUAUGUGCAUAAAAUAGCUAUUUUGUAAUGUUCAAAACUUCUAAAAUCAUUUUGGUCAUCCUGUAACUUAUCUUCCUGUUCUUGUAAGCCUCUUUCAACCAAAUAGCCAUUAACUAAGCAAAAGCUGUUAACCUUUUAACCAAAUAAAAUGUGUUGUAAAUAUUU